AUGUUAGACUCUUCUGUCAACAAGGGGCCGUCUCGCCAGAUGUUUGCAGAACAGGCCAAAGAAGUCAGCAAGAAUGGAACCACAACGCCGAAACUCAGGACUGCUUGUGAAAACUGCAGACAGUCCAAGGUGAAAUGCAACUUGUCUGGCAAAAGCACCUGCACUCGUUGUCUGCGUCAUGGACUACAAUGCCGAUAUGGGUACGCAAAUCGGUCGGGUAAACCCAAGGGGAUCAAGAACAGAGCCACGCUGAAGAAAAUGGGGCGGCUACACGAAGGGAAGAGACCUAUUGACAGGAUAUUUGGAGAAGGGAGUUGUGGGCUCUUCAUGGUCGAGAUGACUCCUGCUAUCACUGAACAGCGCAUCAACCAGGUGAACCAUGGUGCGAAGAGUAUAGAUGAGAAUGGGUCGUUGGAUACAAGACCGUCACAGAGUCCAAGCAGUACAACCAUUGAAACACCUUUAAUUUCGAAUACCUCUACAUCAGGCACGCCAAUGAUGUUGAACGGGUUCGGCGGCCCGUAUCCAGGACACAUAUUCGACUUGGAUCCUAUCGGGCAGUUGCCGGUCGGGCUAGGAUGUCACGCUUCACCGUCGAUACAGUCUCUGCAAAGUGAUCCUGCCGCCGAAGACAUGACCAACUAUCAUUACCACGCUCUUCCAAUCCCCCACGACUUACAACCGACGUGCAAAUGCUUUGAAAGUCAAGUAUCUUACAUGAGCCAGCUAAGCCAGGUGGUCUCUGAGACAAUCGAACCGCGCUCCGAUGAUAGCCUUGGGAAGAUUAAAUCCGCACUGCAGGCCUGUCGGAUCUUCCUCCAAUGCACCAGCUGUCGCAAGGACAGCACGAACGUGCUUCUUUCUCUUUCGAUAAUAGAACUAGCCCUGCAACUCUUUGAGCGUUGGAUGUCCCACAAAACCCAACAUACUGGAUCAGUCCGGGACGAAAGUAUCCUGGGGAUCCACUACGGUCAUUACGAAGUCAGCCAGGAGGAGAGCCGAAGGAUCCGCAACUUCCUCAUCGGAGGUCUCCUCGUACGCUGUAAGGAGAUCUUGGCCAUGCUCAGAGAGGCGAUCGAUACGUGCAUCAUCCCGCAGCAGAAAAUAACGGCCGGGGUUGGUGCGGAUGCUUUGUUCUUCGCGCAAUCUAUGUUUGGCGAGGCAACUGAUCAACCUCUUACUAGCGGUGUUUCAUGGUCUCCGAUGCCGGGACAGAUGAGCCCGUGCAUGGAUGACGGCAAUGCGAAUGGACUGCGGCAAAUGGUAACGCAUUAUGAUGGUACGGUGGACGGGCUCCUGCGGUUGGCAUCUUUGGAUUUCAUGCAGUUAGGUGUGAGCUGA